UUCGAUUUGAAAUGGUCAUUACAAGUACAAACAAAAGAACUUCAACCAUACAAGUCGAUAAAUUCUACAACUUUAUGGAUCUAAUGGACCAAAUUUAAAUAAUAUUUAUCACCUUCUUAGGAGAACCGGCUGCCGGUGCAAUGUAAUUACUUGCCUUCCUAAAUCUAUCGAUCUCUAUCUGUCAAUCCGUAGACUUUUGUAUGUUUUGUGGGUCUCUCUCUCCCCACCAAAACUCAAACAAAUCCACACUCGCACCCACUCGCGCGUCAUCACAAUAUCUUCCCUUCCCUUCUUAUAUUACGAUAAGGCUUUGUACAAAUGCACGCACAGCCCUCAUCAUCAUCACCACUCAUGAGCAGCAACAACACCUGAAGACUGAUGGAGAGACAGAACAUUCAUCACAGCCGUUCAAUUUCCUCCACCUUCUAUCUUAAGCUACUUCUACUUCUUCUCUAUGGCUUACCGUACGGUACAGCACAGCCAUCAAGGACGAAUCCGGCGACGCCUCCUAAUGACUUCUCGUUUGGGCAGAGAUUCAACCCGUCGUUGGCGAUCGUCAUGAUGGUUAUCGUCAGUAUCUUCUUCUUGCUGGGCUUCAUAUCCGUCUAUAUCCGCCAGUGCGGAGGGGCCCGUUAUGGCCGGCCCAAUCUCGAUCCCAACGGUUUAGGCGGGAACGGCAGACGGUCACGUGCGGUACGUGGGCUUGACCCGGAAGUCAUCUCGACGUUCCCUACGUUCGUUUACUCCGCCGUGAAGGGACUGAAGAUCGGUAACGGCUCGCUUGAAUGUGCGGUGUGUAUAAACGAGUUUGAGGACGAUGAAACGCUGCGUUUGAUUCCUAAGUGCAGUCACGCCUUUCACCCAGAAUGCAUCGAUGCCUGGCUGGGAUCUCACGUCACCUGCCCGGUUUGCCGAGCCAACUUGGUGCCUAAACCGGGUGAGGUAGAUAACAGUACGGUUCAUAUGUUUGGACCAGACCGCAUUUUGGACCCUCAAUCCGAUGUCUCAAUCCACGUGGCAGAGGAUAAUGCAGAUAGAGGGUUGAGUAUGCAACCUCCGGAGUUGAAUAUGAUUAAUCCAACGAUCCACAAUAGGCCACCAAGGUCAAAGUCAACAGGGUGGCGGUUGACUAGUUUAUUUCCACGGUCUCAUUCGACCGGUCAUUCACUGGUCCAAGCAGGUGAUAACCACGAGCGGUUCACACUAAGAUUACCAGUCGAUUUACGGAAUCAGCUAAUAAACUCGACACUGAACCGGUCUAAGAGUUGCGUGGGGUUUCCAAGAGCACAAAGUUCAAAGAAGGGAUUUAGGAGUGCAAGUACUGGAAGGAGUGUAAGUGGAAGGAAUUAUUUUCAAUACGAGCGGUUUGGGCAGGAGGGGCGGCCGGACCGGUGGGUGUUCACUCCCACCCCACCAUUUUUAACAAGAGCCGGUUCCGUUCGGUCUAAUGCAACCCCACCAAAUAAUCUAGCCAAAUCUGUUAGAUUGUCAAUUGAUGACAACGAGAUUGGGGAACGGUCGUCUGAUAGGUUAAGACCUGAUAGUGAAGUUUAAUCAGAUAAGCUCUCUCUUUUUCUUUUUUUUUUUGGUUUAGGGUUAGGUAGUGUGGAUUGCGAUGUUGAGGAAAUACGAUUUUCUGUAUAACUUUGUGCUGUUUUUCUAUCUUUUCUUAUCUGUAAGAGUGUAAGGUUUGAAACUUUGCUCUUUUUUUUUUGUCUUGAAUACCUAACAAUCUAGAAUUAGGCAGGUGGAACUGAUGGGUGUUAGUCAUGUGUUUUUUAUAACACUAAAACAGAAGAACAUCAUUUAACAAUUAUUCAGUGAGAUUA